GCGCGGAGGGAGGUGAGCCGAGCGGAGCCGGGAGGCGAGGAGGGGGAACCGCGAGGAGGCCCCGCCCCCGCCUCUCGGAGCCGGCUCUUCGCCGCCUCCGAAGCCGCUCACUUUGCCUCUUGCCUCUGGACGGCGGCGCGGUGCUUUUGGAGCCAGGGCCGGAGGGAACGCCGGGGACCCGGAGCCAUCCAGCACCAGCGCCUCCUCUCGGCGCGCACACCCCUUACGGGGGACAGCGCCGCCGCCUUCAAAGGGCACCCCGGCCUUGGAGGGGGCAUCCCUGAGGCUCUAGGGGCGGCGGCGCUGGUAGCCUCGUUCCUGGCCAGUGGGGCGCAGCGCUGGAGCCGGAGGGGACUCCCGGGCCACCAGCAGGUACCGCCGCGCGGAGGGAGCAUCGCUAGCAGCCAACGCUGGGCUGCCGAGGAGGCUAGAGCGGAGGGGCUUCUGAUCCAGCGAAGGGCAGCAGCGGAGCCCGGAGGGAGAGCCCGCUGGACAGCCCGCGAGCACCGACGGCGCACUCCCCCGUCGGCCAACGGCAGGCAGGCCCCGCAAGGUAGCCAGGGGGGCGGCGCCCUCGGGCCUCGGGGCCUCUGGGCGGCCAGCCAUGACCUUCGGGCGCAGCGGGGCGGCCUCGGUGGUGUUGAACGUGGGCGGCGCCCGAUACUCUCUGUCCCGGGAGCUACUGAAGGACUUCCCGCUGCGCCGCGUGAGCCGGCUCCACGGCUGUCGCUCAGAGCGCGACGUGCUCGAGGUGUGCGACGACUACGACCGCGAGCGCAACGAGUACUUCUUCGACCGGCACUCGGAGGCCUUCGGCUUCAUCCUGCUCUACGUGCGCGGCCACGGCAAGCUGCGCUUCGCGCCGCGAAUGUGCGAACUCUCCUUCUACAACGAGAUGAUCUACUGGGGCCUGGAGGGCGCGCACCUCGAGUACUGCUGCCAGCGCCGCCUCGACGACCGCAUGUCCGACACCUACACCUUCUACACCGCCGAGGAGCCGGGCGCGCUGGGCCGCGACGACGCGCGACCCGGCGGUGCCGAGGCGCCCACCUCCCGGCGCUGGCUGGAGCGCAUGCGGCGGACCUUCGAGGAGCCCACGUCGUCGCUGGCCGCACAGAUACUGGCCAGCGUGUCGGUGGUGUUCGUGAUCGUGUCCAUGGUGGUGCUGUGCGCUAGCACACUGCCCGACUGGCGCGCCGCGGCAGCCGACAACCGCAGCCUGGAUGACCGGAGCAGGUACUCCGCCGGCCCUGGGAGGGAGCCCUCCGGGAUAAUUGAAGCUAUCUGCAUAGGUUGGUUCACUGCAGAGUGCAUCGUGAGGUUCAUCGUCUCCAAAAACAAGUGUGAGUUUGUCAAGAGACCCCUGAACAUCAUUGAUUUACUGGCAAUCACGCCGUAUUACAUCUCCGUGUUAAUGACAGUGUUUACGGGCGAGAACUCUCAACUCCAGAGGGCUGGAGUCACCUUGAGGGUUCUUAGAAUGAUGAGGAUUUUUUGGGUGAUUAAACUUGCCCGUCACUUCAUUGGUCUUCAGACACUUGGUUUGACUCUCAAACGAUGUUAUCGAGAGAUGGUUAUGUUACUUGUCUUCAUUUGUGUUGCCAUGGCAAUCUUUAGUGCACUUUCUCAGCUUCUUGAACAUGGGUUGGACCUGGAAACAUCCAACAAGGACUUCGCCAGCAUCCCUGCUGCCUGCUGGUGGGUGAUUAUCUCUAUGACUACAGUUGGCUAUGGAGAUAUGUAUCCUAUCACGGUGCCUGGAAGAAUUCUUGGAGGAGUGUGUGUUGUCAGUGGGAUUGUUCUAUUGGCGUUACCUAUCACUUUUAUUUACCAUAGCUUUGUGCAGUGUUAUCAUGAGCUCAAGUUUAGAUCAGCUAGAUAUAGUAGGAGCCUCUCAGCUGAGUUCCUAAAUUAAUGCAUUGCAAAGCAGUUCUUGCGUACAGUUCAUUUGAUAGAGUUGAUGCCACUUCAUAUUCAUGCAUUUCUUACUGGGUGAGCACUGCAGUGGUACUGUCAUCACCUUGGUAGUAAAAAUUGUCCUUCCCAGCUGAAGGGAUAAAACAGUUUACUUGUUAUGGAGUAAAUAGGAUUGAGACUGCAAAGAAAAAAUAAUGAUUCCUAGAGUAAAUUUUAGGAUCUUAUUUUAUUUAGGCUUGUCUCCUCCUUGCCUUGAACAAUUAUGCUUUUUGUGUUUGUUU